UCCCGUGCCGCUUGCCAGGAUGAGCCGCGCAGGGGGCAUCCUUCGCUGGAGGAGGGCGAGCGCGCUUCGCUCCUCUCUGCCUAGCGGAGCCCUCGCGGGAGAGCGGCCUCCCUCCGGAGCCGUUUUGUUCUCGGGCAACAAGAGGCUCCUUUCCACAGCCAAGACCGAACCUCGGAUAUGUAUUGUAGGCAGUGGACCUGCUGGAUUCUACACGGCACAACACCUUCUGAAGCACCACAAACUGGCUCAGGUGGAUAUAUAUGAGAAGUUGCCUGUUCCCUUUGGCCUUGUUCGUUUUGGAGUAGCUCCGGACCACCCUGAAGUAAAGAACGUGAUCAACACCUUUACUCAGACGGCACGUUCCGACCGCUGCUCCUUUUACGGGAAUGUGACUGUGGGGAAGGACGUAACCGUAGAGGAGCUGCAGAAAGCGUACCAUGUGGUGGUUUUGAGCUAUGGAGCCGAGGACAAUCGGACCCUGGGGAUACCAGGGGAGAACCUGGCCGGAGUUUAUACAGCCAGAGCCUUCGUGGGGUGGUACAAUGGCCUUCCUGAGAACAGAGACCUGAAACCAGACCUGAGCAGUGAGACGGCUGUGGUCCUGGGACAUGGGAAUGUGGCGCUGGACGUUGCCCGGAUUCUCUUAUCCCCUCUCGAAAUCCUUCAGAAAACCGACAUCACUGAGGAUGCCCUGACAGCCUUGGCCCGCAGCAAAGUGAAGCGGGUGUGCCUUAUCGGUAGGAGGGGACCCCUCCAGGUGGCUUUCACCAUUAAGGAGCUGCGGGAGAUGAUCAACCUACCUAGCGCCCGGCCUUUCCUAGAUCCUGCAGACUUCAAAGACCUUGGAGAGGCUGUUAAAGAUCUCCCCAGACCUAGGAAACGGCUGACGGAGCUGAUGGCCAAAACAGCCUUGGAAGAGCCCGGGGAGGUGGUGGCCGGCCGCUGGCUUUCGGCCUCCAAGGAGUGGAGCCUGAAGUUCUUGUGCAGCCCGCUGGAAGUCCUGCCCACCGCCGACGGGAAGCAGGCCAGAGCGAUCCGAUUGGCUGCCACCAGGUUGGAAGGCUCUGGAGACACUGCCAAGGCAGUCCCCACUGGAGAUACUGAGGAUGUCAUGAGUGGGUUGAUUCUCAGCAGCAUUGGGUACAGGAGCCUUCCGAUUGACCCCGCCGUGCCCUUUGACCCCAAGCAAGGCGUUAUCCCAAACCAGUCGGGCAGAGUUCUCGGGGCACCAGGGCUCUACUGCAGCGGCUGGGUGAAGAGGGGCCCCACCGGUGUCAUCAUCACCACGAUGAACGAUAGCUUUGACACAGCCCAGUCUGUGCUGGAGGACCUGCAGUCUGGCGCUCUGGACUUUCCUGAUGCCAAGGAAGGCUUUGGCUCAGUGAGAAGCAUCCUUCAAUCCCGGCGGAUCCGCCCAGUUUCUUUUUCGGAUUGGGAGAAGAUUGACGCUGCUGAAGUGGCUAGAGGCAAGCUGGCUGGGAAGCCUCGGGAGAAGAUCGUCGACCCAAAGGAAAUGCUAGAAUUGAUCGGUGCCUGAGAUGCAGCCAGGAAUCGGCCAAGUAUUAGCCGUGUUAAUGGCCCUGCAGCCCCCAAAGGUGCUUGGUUUGCUAAAGGUGGUGGAAACCACCGUUCAUGAUGCUACAGAUGCGCCGAAAACAGAGAACAUGUGACGGCAGUGCUGGCCCUGGACUUUGAAAAUGAUGUGAAUAUGCUAAAAGCUUGUUGCUACUGCCAGCAGUAGGGUUUGGUCCAGAGCCCUGUCCACCUUUACGCUCAUUUUUUUUUUUUCUUUGCAAAGGACCUCUGGCUUUUAGCCAGAGUUUUACCUCCUGAUUUACAAUCCUGCUCCGGAAAAUGAAUUGGCUCGCUUGUCUCUUUGCCAUAAUCAUUGAAGAAAAGGUAGCCUGUAAAUGGUUAAAGCGAACAAUUUAGAAUUUUUGUUUUUUAUUAUUCAGGCCUUUCCCAAGUGCCUUACUUGUUAUUUCAGGGUCGUUCCUUUGUUUUGCUCACUUCACAUCUCCACGUAAUGAGGUUUACACAAACCAUCUUGAGAAGACAAAGCCAGGCAUGGCUCCCCCUACCCCUGUGUAAUUAGAAAAUCCUGAUGAGUUUUCGCCAUCUCUUAUUCUGCCAUAAUGAAAAAGCUUCAUAAGAGCACCCCCAGUUAAAUGUACAGAGCGUUCCAUUUACACACACCGGACGUGAGCAUAAAAAAAAUAAAAACCCAACUCAAAGAACUUUCCGAGAGAGGGACGAAAAGUUGGAUGAAUAAUCAUGAGGACGAAUCACAGAUAGGACGAGAAACAUCGGUCACCUUUCCCCUUCGCCCUGAAACUCAAAUUAUUCCUUUCUACCCGCAGCCCAACUUUGAUGCCAGAUUGCGGAUUGUGUAACCAUUUUAAAAUAAAGCUCUUUCUCAAACAGAAGGUGAA